AUGGUCUGUUCUGGAUCUUCUGAGUCUGGUGGUCUGAGAGCCGCUUUGUUUGAGCUGAUGUGGUGGGAGGACAGUGAGGACAUCGGCAAGCUCGCGGUGGCCCAGCCCGCGCACCCCGUCGCCCGCAAUGGCCGGCCCCGCCUGCCCAUGCCAGGCAGGAGUGCCGGCGCAGAAGAAGCCAAUCCGACCCAGGCACUCCCGAUCUGGCGAAGCCAUCCCCCCCACCCCCGCGCGCUUCCGGUGCGUGUUCCUUUCCGAGCUGCACCCUCCCCUGCUGCCCCAGCGACUAUAAGCAUGCCCAAGGAGAGAACCCUCGUUCUAGCCCGCUCCCACUCCCUCACCUCGCGGCUCAAGCCCACCCCGAGCACCCCAAAGAUGGCCGCAGGCCGACUCGGGCCCAAAAACAAGGCCGAGCCCAACGAAAACAGGCCGCCCGCCCGCAGCACCCCCGGCUCGCCCUCCUCCUCCUCCGGCCACAACUCGGCCAUCACCGUCGCCGAGAGGCGCCAGACCAAGGUCUCCAAGUACCUCGUCAGCGAAGACUUCAAGUCCGACUUCGCCACCAAGCUCAACCGCCUCCGCCAGCGCGAGAAGAACUUGGACUCCCCCCCCGGAGCGCUCGCCAAACCGGCGCCCGCGGACCACAUCCACGAAGACGACGAGAGUCAAGCCAGCGUCCCAACCCCUGAUGACACGACCACCACCGUCUGCACUGCCGAGGACAUCGCCAACCCCGCCGGCAGCCCUGCCCUGAUACCCCAGACCACCUCGCCAGGUCGAUACCGGACACGUGCCGAGGAGGCCCCCAUCCAGGAGGAUGCCGACGAGGCGGGCUCCUCGGCCUCGAACGAGAAGGAGCAGUCCUCCUCGCGCCGGCCGUCGUGCCCGCCAGGCGACGAGGACCCGGAGGAGCAGAGCGCGCGCUACGAGGUGAUCGGCAAGCUGGCCGACCAGCUGGCCGAGCAGAUCGAGGAGAACGACGCCCUGCUCUACGAGCUCGGCGUCGUCCGCUCCAACAACGCCCGGCUCCAGGCCGUCGCCGCUGACAGGGAGGACGAGGUCGCCUGUCUCGGCCAGCGCAACCGCCAGCUCGAACUCGUCGUCUCUCAGCUCAACGCUUCCUCCCUCGACCAAGAACACUCUAACCUCGUCCAUGCCCUCCUCUCUCAGCUCGCUCAGAUCCGCGACCAUCUAUCCCUGCCACUCACCCAGGGGCCCUCGAAACGCCUGUCUCCAGGCAACCCCGAAACCCAGUCGGCCAUUCAAACACGAGGUAUGAGACGCUACAGCUGGUCUGGAGCCCGGGCGAAAUGUCUCUCAGCCGAGACAACCGCGCAAGAUCCCCGAGACCGAUCCGGGCCCAUGGUCUCUUCGCACGCCCAGUCUGGCCCCGAUCCCGGCGGGGAAUGGGCGGGCUUUGUGGACGAGAAUGACCGCGAGUCGAUGAAGGCGCACAUCCAGUGGCUGCAAGCCGAGCUGGCCGCCAGUCGGGCGGCCCGGCAGGCGACCGCGGCGGCGCUAGACGCGCUGAUCGAGGCGGCGCCUGCAGCCCACACGCCGCGUGCGGGCGCAGAGCCGAAGGUGCAGGGCCUGGGGCUUCCGCUGCUUGCGCUGGCGAGCUUCGGGUUCGGCGGGUGGGGCCGGAAGCCGGAGUCGCCCUCGAAGCCGCUGCCGGACGACGAGCCGGGGAUCCCUGCGGGUGCGCCGGCCGAGCAGCCGGACAAGGACCUGACGUACCCGUUCAAGCGCUUCGGCCUCCGCGCCUUCUUCCACAACAGCCCGCUCUCCCGCCCCGACGCCGUCCUCGCCCCCGCCCCCGCUGGUCCCACUGACCCCGCCCGAAGGCUGCCCAGCCGCUCGUCCACCGUCGCCGUCAUGUCCUCCGCCCACCCGCCCGACGCCCUCCCGGCCUACGACGGCCCUCUUCUCGCCCCCGUGGCUCCCGCAAAUAUCUCCCCCCCGGCCCGCCCCGGCCCGCGUCUCCUGCCCUCCGCACCAGCCGCCGUCGAUAAACCGUUCGUAGGCCCCCUCGUCCACGACCGCUCGGCCGGCCCACACAACCCGAACGCCAUCCUCAUCUGA